AGAGAGAGAUGACGUUUACGUCAACCCUUGUAUCAUAUGAUAAAAAGAAAUUCAGAAAUUCCAUAAAUAAUUUGAGACUUGCCACCUAAACCAAACUUUGAAAGGAUCCCUCCAUCCACCCACAAAUUAUGCAAACUGAGCUUCCCCUCUCACCUCUCUGUUUUUUAAGGGAAUUUAAUGCCCCAAACACCAUUUUCUAGCUGAACAUUGCUGCAAGUGAUCCGCAGGCAAAACAUGGCAAAGCGAUCGGAUUUUGCGCAGAAGCUGUUGGAUGAUCUUCGCGUCCGCAAGGAGAAAAUGGGUGCGUCUCAGAGCUCGAACCGGUCGAACUCCAUGGCAAUAGAUGCAUAUGCUUAUUCCAAGCAAGCUUAUAGAGGAAGAGGGGAUGCAAGAACCAGUGGAACAAUUGGCUCCAGAGGAAGUAGCAGAACACCGAUUAUUCAAGAUGGUUCGAAUCAGAUUGUUGCUUAUGGGAGAGGAGGUAGGAGCUCACAACAAAUGGGAGAUCUUUCCAUGGCAUUGGCUUUUGCACUUGAAAAUGGAGGAAAGCUCGGGAGGGCGGAUACAUCUAGCAGAAGUUCAAUGCUAGGAUUUUUGAAUCAAAUUGGGAGGGGAGCCAUGGAGUUCAGCAAGAUGGAAAGAAAAGGUAGCACGAAUAGGUACUUCGGUUCAAGUAACCAAUUUCCUAACCUUUCGCAUCUCCAUAUCGAAGAAAUAUCGAGAGGGGCACAUAAAUUGAAUCAGAUCCUAAAAGCAUGCUCGAAUGGUCUUAAUGUCAAUGGAUUUUCAAUAGAAGUUGGGAAGGAGUUAAUGAAAGGGGCAAUGGAUUUGGAAGAGUCCUUGAGAAUGCUCGUAAACCUGCAGGAAACUUCUGAUUACAUGGUCCGCUCUCAGAGGAAAAAUCGGAUCACAUUGCUAGAUGAGGAGGAAGAUGACGAAGAUAAUGCUGUUAAAAUAGAUGAGCAAAAGCAAAUUGAUCUGCCAAGGUUCUCAUUUGACAAGGGUUCGAGACACGGGCGUAAAAUUCAAGAAGCUGGAAGGACGGGGUUCAUGCAGAAGAUGGCUGCAGCUCUGACUUAUACUACAGAAGGUAGUAGCUUCAACCGCGAAAAGCAAGGGAAAAUAACCUCCUCCCCAUCAGUUACUCAGAGGCAGUCGGUCAGCUAUAGCUCCGGCGUCAAGAAUCCAUCAGCAGAAUAUAAAGAGUCUAAACCAGAAAAGGAAAGAAUUCCAAAUGUAAUUGCAAAACUAAUGGGGUUGAAUGAGCUUCCGAAAAACGAAAGCAUGAAGCACAAAGCGCAUGAAGACUUGAGUUCCAAAUCAAAAACAGAAAGCCGGACGAGAGAGCAAACAAUGCGCGAAAGGAGUAAGAUUUCUGGAGUUAAGACUAAGGAUCCAUUGAUGCAUAAUACCACAUUUGUUUUGCAAGCAGAAAAAAACAUGCUCCCCAACAAUGUCAGCCUUGAGUUAGUUGUUCAUGAUGGAACAUCGCAAUGGAAAGACCCGGAAGGAUUUAAACCGGUAGCAAGAUCAGAAAAGGCAACCAUCAAAUCAGAUAAGCAGCAAAAAACCACUCAGAGCGUCAAACCGAAUAAAGCUGUGGUGCAUAACAAUUCCGAAGCGAGACUUGCGACACAAGGAAAAACAGAGUUCAAGGAAAAUAGGGUUCAGACGGAAAAGCAAAACGGGAUCAAGAUUCCCCUGAGAAAUCAGCAUAAGUCACCGAACAAUCAUGAACUUCAGCAGCAAUCCAUGUUUUUGAAAUCAGAGACACUGGAAGAUAAGCGCAGAAGAGAGACGAAGGAGCAGCAGAGUCCACAACCAAAGUUGCCAGCAAGAAAACAACGAGGAGGCGAAAUCAUAUCAAGGACUAAGUCAACAGGAGCAGUAGAUUUGCAAAAGAAGCAGACACUUGCAGACCAAGCUAGACUACAUAGGAAAAACACGAGAGAAGUCGGUGGUGCAAUGCAACCCAAAGGAGUUUCAAAUGGCAGAUUCCAUGAAAAUCCGGUCAGAAGCAAAAGCUUUUCUGAUUUGAAUUUUGACACGAACAAAUCAUCUCCAAAGUACCUGGAUCCUGAACCAUCAAAAGAAAAAUUUGGCACUCCACUGGCUAUGGAGGAGAGACCUGUUCAUGCUGCACCACCAUUGCAGAAGGCAAAAUCUAGAAGAGUGAAUAAAAGCGAAAUGCCUCGAAGAAUCGAUGAAGUGGCAACCAGAAGAAGCCAUGAAAAACUUGGUAGCCAGAAUGCAACAGAAAAAGUUAGAGCCAGCAGGCUAAAACAAGCUGAGCCACGCAUCGUCAAGUCCAACAAGUCAAGAGCAAGCAUUCAAUCAGUAGAUUCAACGCAAAACCUACAUAUAGAAGCCAAGCUGGAGGCUCCCACUCUGUGUGAUCCCAAUGAAGUUCAUCUACUUCCAAAUGAAAGUUAUGAUCAGCAAUAUCAAGCACCUGUUUUCGGAGAUGAUGAGUGCAUAACUGCAUCAACUACACCUAAUGUUGCAGGAAACCGUGAAUCCGGCUUGGACAUUUGUUAUCCAGAAGUACGGGAGCACCAUAAAGCAUUCAACCUAAGAAAACAAGAGCCGCUGACAGAAAGCGAAAACCGCUUGAAGCAGGUAGUGAUCAAGAGCCAUCAUUUCCUCAACACAGCAGAAGCACUUUUCAAACUCGAAAUCCCUUUUGGCAUUCUUCACGACAGCGAACGCGACUGCAGCCCGGAUGUAGACAUCAAGCUCACAUUAGAAUGCGGCUAUGAAGUAAUGAAACGAAAGGGGAGAAGGCAUGAGCUCAAUGUCCAUCCUAACUGCACGAAGACAUCGAUAAGUUUUGUCAAAAUACAUUCCUUGGAUGAGCUGGUUGGGCAACUGCAUAAAGAUUUCGAGACACUGAAGUUCUACGGAAGAAAAGGAAAGUAUGAAUGUGAGGUGGAAGCGUAUCUGCCGCAAAUGCUGGAAAGCGAUAUGCAUAACUGGGAGCCGGACGUGAAUUGCAUGUGGGAUAUGGGUUGGGAUGAAACUAUGUUUGCAGUUAUUCAAGUGGAUGAAGUUGUGAAAGAUUUGGAGAGGCUUCUGCUCAAUGGACUUGUAGAUGAGCUUGCCAGAGACCUCCGUCGCACUGGUUUUUCUGCAAUACAUUAACCUGUUGAAUACGAACACUUGGAAGUACCAUUAUCAACACGAAAAGGAUUUAUUACGCCAUUUGAGCAAAGUUUGUUUUAUUUUUUAUUUUCGAUAUAUUUGAUUUUCGAAGAGAUAAAUUAUAAUGUAAACCUUAAUUGAAGAAUUUUCUUGUAAUGAGUGUGCAUUUUUGUUUUAA